AUGUCAGCCAGCAUGGUUGAAAAGCAUGUUCGUAUACGUGUUUUCUUCGAGAAUUCAUCGCAAGCACCAAUCUGGCUUUUAGUUGACUAUGAGUCUAUGCACACUAUCCAAGAUUUAGAAAACGAAAUAAGGCAUCGAUAUUUUGAAAACACCAAUUCAUUUGUGUUGUCAUUAGACGGUUGCGUUUUACCAAAAUCGGAAAAAGCAGUUAUUUUACGAGAUAACGACCGUGUGGUUGUCAGACCCAGGCAAGUGGGAAAGGAAGAAUAUUUACCUGAUUUACCUGAUCCUGGUCCCGGUGAAAGUAGCUGUACAAAAAGUCUGCCAGAUGCAAGUGUAUCAUUUGUUCAGGAGAAAAGGGUAGUGUCUCCUGAUUUUGAUAACGCAGAAAAAUCAAAGGAAGCAGACCUGACACAAAACAAAAUCAAGAAGAAGAAAAGGAAAGAAAGCAGACCAGAUGUGUGUCAGAAGAAGAAGAAAAAGACAGUAUCUCCUGAUUGUAACAAUGAGAAGGAAACAGAAGACCAAAAUGCCAGUAUACAACAUAAGAUGAGAAAAAAGAAAAGAAAACAGGAUGAAAUUGAAGAAACACCUGGAACUGAAAGUCAGCUAAACAGUCAUAAAAAGAAAUGCAAACAGAUUGUAGAAACCAAGGAAAGUCAACCACCAGAGACCUCCUGUUUAUCAGAACAGACUCCAUCAUUGGGCAAUUCCAAGGAGAAAAAGACUGUUGAAGAUGCUGUACUUGAUAACAGCAAAAGAAACAAAAUGAAAGUAAAAGAAAAGAAAUGCUCAAGGGAGUCUGUUUCUUCUGAAACAUCAAAUAAUGUGCCACAAAAUAGUUCCAUGAUGACUGAUAUUAAUGCGCCUCCUGUGAGUAAAAAGAAACAGGAUUCAUUGACAUGUCAGGAGAUGGAGGACAAUGGAAUGGUGAAUGAAGAUGAACUUCAAGAAGAAAAAUGUUUAAAGAAGCGCAGAAGACGAAGAAGGAAACCAAAUGAGAAGUUUAUUGAAGAAAAAACCGAUGAAAUUAGUUAUAAAAACAAGAAAUCUUUUGAUAGGAAAAAGGAAUUUCAUCCUAAAGUUACAAGAAAUGUUAUUGAUAUGAGCAGAAACUCCAACAAUCAUAAAGUAUUUAAUGACUCAGAGUCUGAAGAGGAUACACAUACAACAAACAAAUCUGUGACUGGGAUGGAGGGCACCAAGGCAUCUGUGGAAGAGCAGCAGGAAUCAUUACAACAAGCUAAGAAAAAGUUGUUACAGAAAGUUGAACAAGAAUACAAAAGUAUGACACACAGUUCAGAUAUAGCUGAUGGACAUUUAAUCACAAACCAACUUCCCUGUCAGAGUGUGCAAGGACCGUCCAAUAAUCCACCUGCACAUGAAUAUGAUCAGCUACAGCAUCCAGUCAAUAAGGAUGACCAUGUUAGCACUGGUCUGUCCAAGAUACAGCUACAGCUAACUGCCUUGGCAAAUGGUGUGCCAGUGUACACCAGACAAAAACAGAAGAGGUACUUCAAUGCUGGCUUUGGCAAGGAGCUCUCCAAAGAACAACAGCUCAAUACAGAUCUCACUAACAUGUCCUUCGUCAUCUUUAAUGACAAGGCUGCUGCUGUACAGAAACCAGACAAGGAAGUAACUUGUGAGGGCCAGCCUCAAACUUUAAUCCAACCUCAGAUACAAGACUACACAAAAUUCCCUCCUUUACAGGGCACACCACGACAAGGAGAUAAAAUAGCUUAUAAGAUUCUGGAACUUUCAGACAGUUACACUCCAGAAGUGUCCAAGUAUAAGGAAGGAGUUGUCCUUAAUUUUGAUCAUAAUUCACAACUUAUAGAAAUAGAGACAAAACCAGAAUCAGAUUCCAGACUGCAGGGAAAGUUUGAUCUGAACUGUGACGAGGAUAAUAUUCACACAGAAACAAAGCAAUCAUUGCCUUGGAAGUCUCUAAUGGAAACAAGGUUACUUGACAUUCUGUAGAACACAAGAAAGUGAGCUAGGCUUUAUUUGUACAGUGUUAAAAAUAAACAAAACCAGAUGGAGAGCAGUGCCAUUUAGAGGCCUUGUUUACAAUGUUAAAAAUAAACUUAACAAGAUGGGGAGUGGUGCUAUGUGGAGGUGACAUGUACAGUGCUAUAAUUAGACCAAAACUCGGUGGAGAACAUUGCUAAGUGGAGGCCCCAUGUACAGUGAUAAAAAAUAAAACAAGAUGGAGAGCCCAGUCAUACAGUGGUUAAUUGUACAGAGUUAAAAAUAGACUUAACAAAAUGGAGAGCAUGACCUUGUGGAGGCCACUUGUACAGUGAGUUAAAAAUAGACUAAACAGUAUUAACAGACCAAAAAGAUUGAGAGCUGUGCUGUCUGGAGUAUAACUGACAGACCACCAGAUGAUGAGCUUGACCACAUCUAAGCCAUGUAUGGUAUAUCAUAGAAAGAACAAUAGAUAGUGUGCCACACAAUGUUGUGGCCAUCUGUACAGUGUACAUACAGUCGGGACUGAAAAUACUGAUCCAAGUUAUAUUUAGGCCUUUUAUUAGUGCUGUAAACAGUGCACCAGCUGUUGAGCAGGGAUUUGAUUAGUCCUGUUGUAAAGUGUUCAAGACAGAAACACAAAAUGGUGAGAGGUGUUUGAGGUAUUUUGUAAAGUGUGUUCUAAAUGGUUCUGGUGAAGGUGAGCUGGGCCUUGGUUGACCUUCAGUGCAAUUUGUUAAUGACAGAAUAUAUGAUGGUGAGAGGGUUUGUGUGAAGCUAUCUACGUUAAACUUUGUGAUUGUUAAAAAGAAUUUAAAAAUUGUCAGAAAUGUCAUGCAGUUUAAUUAUCUUUUUAAAUAUCAGAUAGCCUAUGCAUGUGAUAACAUACUGAUGAAUAUUAUUAGAGGUACAUAGGAACAAGUAUUUUUGAAAUUAAAAAAAAAAACAAAAUUGGACAUGAAACUUGUACUGCAGGUUUAUCUGACAAUAAGCCCACCUCUAGUAAGACAUUCAUCUGUAUAUUAUACUAAUGUUCAAUGACUUUACAAUCAAUCAAUAUAAUAAAUAUCAUACUGUUUAAUCAAGCUUUGGAAAUUAUGCAAUGAGAGUCUAAUUUAAAUUGCUUGCAUUUAAGCUAGGACAAUGAAACUUGAUGGAUACAUUGAUCAUGCUAUCACAAUGUGCAGUGUAUCAAGUUCAUAGCCAUGACCAUAUCACUAACAGAGUUAUUGCCCUUCAUUGAAAAUAUAUUGUCCAGAGCAAAACUUUGCCUGCAUUUAGGGUAGGAUAAUGUAACUUUACACAAGUAUGCAGUGUACCAAUGUUAGGGCCCACAACCCCAUACAGUUAUUAACCUUUGUUAAAAAAUUCUCGUCCAAAGCAUUUAAGUUAUAUUAAGCUAUGAUCAUGAAAGUUACAUUGAUCAUACGAAGACAAUGUGCUAUUGCCCUUUGUUAACAUUUUGUAUUAGAAGUAUUACUUUGCCUUGAUAUUGAAACAUGAUGUAUACAUCAGUCAAAUAAAAGCAGGGUGCAGGUCUGGGCAUAUGAACCCUCAGUACAGAGUUAUUUCCCUUUGUGAAAAUUUUGUUGUCCUGAGCAUAGCUUUGCUUCCAUUAAAAUUAGGAUCAUGAAA